AGAGAGGGGAUUUAUUUGAUCCUUUUAUUUUCUUACUUAACCCCAUUAGGUCCAGAGUUUCUGUGCCAGAAACUUGUAGGGAAGGCAAACGAGUGAAAAAUAUUAAGGCAUGCAUUGCAGUGUAUUUGUGACUGUUUGGCUAGAAUAUUUUAUUCUAAAGCAGAAAUUGUAAAUACAACUCAAUAUGAGAAUGAGCAUUUCAUCUAAUUUUAAUUAAAAUUUUAUUUUGCUUGAGCUUUAUUAGAACUGCUAGGUGAAAAUACAGAUAUUAGGAGACAGAAUGGGAAAUUUGCCUCUUGCCAUGCUAAAACCAUGUUAUUUUUUGGGAAGGCAGCAAUUGACAAAGAAAUGACCAAACAGAAGAUGAGUUUUACCUUAGCUAGGUAAAGCAUAUUGGAAAAACACAGGAUUAAUACUUUCUAUUUAGGCAUUAAUGAAUUUGUUUUUAAAAAUUACUGCAUUUUCACAGUUUUGAAGAUUCCAUGUUUUCCUUCAUUAAGCAUAGCAAUAGCCAAUCUUUUUUAAUUACUCAGUUUUCAUUCCUAUUAAGUUUCCAAGCAGCAAGUGAACUUUUUCGAUAAGAACAGUUUACUGUUCUAAAAAAAUAAAGUUAUCUUCCUUCAGUAAUUCCCAUGAAAAAGGUGGUGUUAAUCAUAAGAGCAUAGGUCUGGAGUUGGAAGGGACUUUAGAGGUGUUUUGGGUGAUCUUAUUUUACAGAUAAGGAAACUGAGGCUCGGAGAGGCUGAGUAACUUGUUCAAGGUCACACAGGUAGUUAAGUGGCAGAGAUCAAAUUCAAAUGGAGGUGCUGGGACUACAAGCUCAUCAUUUUUCCUACUGUACAUUUCCAAACUGGUCAGGAUGCAUCAUAACAUCUAGGUAUGGACAGAUUCCAUUAAUUACAUUAUUUAAAAAAUGGUGUUUUCCCUCUAGUAUAUGAGAACUGGCAUGGUAUUGUGGGAAGUAUAUUGGAUUUGGCCUUAGAAACCCUAUACUCAGAUCUUGAUUUUUCUACUCACCCACCUUCGUGACACUAGGGAACUGCCUCAGUUUCCUCCUCUAGAAUGUCCGGGGGUCAGACUAGAUGGCCUGUAAGAUCGAUUCCAGUUCCAAAUCUUCAUACAUUUAUAUGCUUUCUGUAGCGGAUUAUAACACUUUAGAGUAAGUCCCUUAUUUUCUUUUAUUCUUUUUAUUUUUUUACAAAGAAAGCAAAGCCUUGAAAAAAACUAGUGCUUCAGGAUCUUAGAAAAUUUGCUAUCAGAAAUAUUUUACAUUUAGAUGGAUUUAUGCACAAUCUGUUGCAGUAGUUAUAUUGGUUUUGCGUCCUUGGGGGAGGGAACCUUAACUAUUAACUCCCAGCUGUGCCAACUGAACCAAUCAACUGUUGAAACUAUGAAGGGCAACGUUGCAUUUUUGAAGUCAAUUUAAAAAUAUCUCCCUUCCCGGUCCCCAUCCCCUCUCAGUGAGCACAGAUGGUUAUGAAUGUUCCAAGGAGGGACAAGAGUGGUGGAAAGAUAUCCCUACAGUCUGGCAGGAAGUAUUUGACUUACUUAAAAAACACAGUGAACACCACAGUCUGGAGUUCAGCUCUUGGAAUGAGCAAAAAAACAUUUGUGACUUAGAGAAUCCUGGAGAGUAUUCCCCUCCUCUCCCCCCACCCCCGCCCCGUAUUUUCCAUCCCUCUGACAGCAGGGUGUGUAUUUCAGUAUGGGGCUUACUUCCGAACAAAGCGUGCAGUCACCACCUGAGGCUCCACUUCCCCUAGGUGCCAGAUGUAUGGCAAAGGACAGCUGUAGCCUGUACAUCACAUUUCUUCUAGUUCUAGCCAGGGGGUAGGGAGUGGCUGUCCCAGUACUUCUGAUAUUGGCAUCCUUGGGCGUUUGUUUAAUAGCUUGUUGGAGAUGGAUUCUUUUGUGGCACACAGUCCAGGUUAAGGCUGCUGCCACAGCGACGCUUUAUGUUCUGCUGAUGUCUUAGGCUGUGCUUUUGUCUGCUUCUAUAUACCCUCCGCACCCUUCCCUGUUUCCUGUUAGCUUAACUGAUCGCUGUCUUUCUGAACGAAUAAUUCUGAGCCGAGUCCAAGCCUCCCGGAAAAUGCUCUGCUCUAAACACAGGCGGGGAUCAGCCUAGCCCUUCCCUUCCGUGUGCACUCUCUGGGGGCGGGGGUGGGGGGGCAGAGAAGAAAGACAACAUCUCACCAAAGAGAGCCACUUGUUGGGCCGAGAGGGCGAGGACAGUGGGAGCAGGAAGAGAAAAAGGAGUCAGAAAGGAUGGCCGGAGCCGGAGUCCAGCACCACCCCCCGGGCGCUGCCGGAGCCACCUCGGCCGCCUCUACCGCAGCCUCGGCAGCCUCAGCUACAGCCGCCCCCGCGGCUGGCCCCGCCGGCCCGGGAGACGAGUCGUCGGACAGCGAGGCGGAGCACGAGGGGCCGCAGAAACUGAUACGGAAAGUGUCCACGUCGGGGCAGAUCCGGAGCAAGGUGAGGACCAGUAUUAAGGAAGGAUUACUCUUGAAGCAGACCAGCUCCUUUCAAAGGUGGAAAAAACGUUAUUUCAAACUUCGAGGUCGCACUCUCUACUAUGCCAAGGACUCAAAGUCUCUAAUAUUUGAUGAAGUCGACCUCUCGGAUGCCAGUGUAGCUGAAUCAAGCACAAAAAACGUCAACAAUAGUUUCACGAUAAUCACGCCAUUCAGGAGGCUGGUAUUGUGCGCUGAAAACAGAAAGGAGAUGGAAGACUGGAUCAGUUUACUGAAGUCUGUACAGUCAAGGGAACUUUAUGAGGCGGCACAGUUUAAUGUGGAACAUUUCUCAGGGAUGCAUAACUGGUAUGCCUGCUCCCAUGCUCGACCCACCUUCUGUAACGUGUGCCGAGAGAGUCUCUCUGGAGUUACUUCCCAUGGCCUGUCUUGUGAAGUGUGUAAGUUCAAAGCACACAAAAGAUGUGCAGUGAGGGCAACAAAUAACUGUAAAUGGACUACUCUAGCUUCCAUUGGGAAAGACAUCAUUGAGGAUGAAGAUGGUAUAGCCAUGCCUCAUCAAUGGCUGGAAGGCAACUUGCCUGUUAGUGCCAAAUGUGCAGUCUGCGAUAAAACCUGUGGCAGCGUCCUACGUCUCCAAGAUUGGAAGUGCCUUUGGUGUAAAGCUAUGGUACACACUGCCUGCAAAGAUUUGUUUCCUUAUAAAUGUCCACUUGACCAAUGUAAGGUAUCUAUCAUACCCCCGAUUGCACUGAACAGCAUAGAUUCUGAUGGAUUUUGGAAAGCAACAGCUCCACCAUGUCGUGCUAGUCCUCUUUUGGUAUUUGUCAACUCUAAAAGUGGAGAUAAUCAGGGAGUAAAGUUCCUCCGUCGAUUUAAGCAGUUGUUAAAUCCUGCUCAGGUGUUUGAUUUAAUAAAUGGAGGACCUCACUUGGGCUUACGAUUAUUUCAGAAGUUCGACAACUUCCGGAUUCUUGUGUGUGGAGGAGAUGGAAGCGUUGGCUGGGUUUUGUCGGAAAUUGAUAAACUCAGCUUGCACAAACAGUGUCAGCUGGGAGUCUUACCCUUAGGUACAGGAAAUGACCUUGCUCGGGUUCUUGGCUGGGGUGGUUCAUGUGAUGAUGACACCCAGCUACCACAGAUAUUGGAGAAGUUGGAACGAGCCAGUACAAAAAUGCUUGACAGGUGGAGUAUAAUGACAUAUGAACUCAAAUUGCCAACAAAGCCUUCUAUCCUUCCCAUCACUCCAGAAGAGGAAAAUGAGGAAUCUCACAUGUCAUCUUAUGAAGACUCAGUUGCGGCUCAUCUUGCAAAAAUACUCAAUUCUGAUCAACACUCGGUGGUCAUAUCAUCUGCUAAGAUUUUAUGUCAGACGGUAAAGGACUUUGUUGCCAAAGUAGGGAAGACGUAUGAAAGAACAGAGGAAAACAGUGAUGGAGCAGACGCCAUGACCAUUAAAUGUGCAAUACUAAAUGAGAAACUUGACCAGCUACUGCAAACUUUACAUGCAGAAGCCCAGACAGUCCCAGUAUUCAAACAUCCUGGUCCUCCCAGUGUUGAAGGAGAAUCUGUGGACUUUUCAAGUGAAGAGUCCUUAUCUGACAGCAGGGGAAGCAUUGUGGAGGGUGCCCCAAAGACUCCAGCACAGAAAACUUUCAAGCCAAAGGAAUUAAUGUUGAGAGCAAACAGUUUAAAGAAAGCAGUGAGGCAGAUCAUCGAACAGGCUGAAAAAGUUGUAGAUGAGCAGAAUACUCAUACCGAUGAAGAGGGUAACCUGGUGUCAGCUCCCCUAGAUGACAGUAGAGAAACAGAAUAUUCUAAAGAAGAUAAAGAUGAUGAUGGAAAGGAGUAUCCAUCUGUUAAAACUGCACCUCGGUCCCCAGAUACAUGUAUCAACCAGCCUAUCUCAAUUUCUGGUCCAGUAUUGACAUCCAACAAAGAAAAUCUUCCUGUGCUUAAUACCAGAAUAAUUUGUCCAGGUUUAAGAGCAGGAUUAGCAGCUUCAAUUGCUGGGAGUUCUAUUAUCAGCAAAAUGUUACUAGCAAAUAUUGAUCCCUUUGGUGCUACGCCAUUUAUUGACCCAGAUCCAGAUUCACUAGAAGGGUAUUCAGAAAAAUGUGUCAUGAACAAUUACUUUGGAAUUGGAUUAGAUGCAAAAAUUUCAUUGGAGUUUAACAAUAAACGAGAGGAACACCCUGAAAAAUGCAGGAGCCGAACUAAAAACAUGAUGUGGUACGGGGUCCUUGGAACCAAAGAGUUAUUACAAAGGACCUAUAAGAAUUUAGAACAAAGAGUUCAGCUUGAGUGUGAUGGACAGUAUAUCCCCCUUCCUAGUCUACAAGGAAUAGCAGUGUUGAAUAUCCCAAGUUAUGCUGGAGGUACUAAUUUCUGGGGCGGAACUAAAGAGGAUGAUAUAUUUACUGCACCAUCUUUUGAUGACAAGAUACUGGAGGUCGUUGCGGUAUUUGGUAGCAUGCAGAUGGCAAUGUCCAGAGUCAUAAAACUGCAGCAUCACCGAAUAGCUCAGUGUCGGUCUGUAAAGAUCACCAUACUUGGAGAUGAGGGGGUGCCAGUACAAGUAGAUGGAGAGGCAUGGAUCCAGCCUCCAGGGAUUAUUAAAAUCGUGCACAAGAACAGAGCUCAGAUGUUAACAAGAGACAGAGCUUUUGAAAACACCCUCAAAUCUUGGGAAGACAAACAAAAGUAUGAUGCUUCUAAGGUGCCCCCCCGACCUCAGUUGUAUUCACAGCAAGCGAUUGAUUUAGCCACAGAAGAGGAAGUUACACAAAUGCAGCUCUGUUCACAGGCUGCAGAAGAACUCAUUACUCGAAUCUGUGAAGCAGCAAAAGUUCACAGUCUUUUGGAGCAAGAAUUAGCUCAUGCUGUGAAUGCAUGUUCCCAUGCCCUGAAUAAAGCCAACCCAAGGUUUCCUGAGAGCCUUACCAGAGACACUGCCAUUGAAAUAGCUGUCAAUGUGAAGGCAUUAAAUAAUGAAACGGAGUCUUUACUGAUUGGGAGAGUUCCUUUGCAGUUGGAAUCUCCGCAUGAAGAACUGGUGUCCAAUGCUUUACAUGGUGUGGAGGUGGAAUUGCAGAAGUUAGCGGAGAUUCCAUGGCUUUAUUGCGUCCUACAUUCAAAUGAUGAUGAGGAUCCUCCUUUGGAUUAUACAAAAAGAAACAAAAGCACCGUGUUUCGCAUUGUGCCCAAAUUUAAGAAGGAGAAAGUCCAGAAGCUGAAGGCGAGCCCAUUGCCUGUUCAAAAGUGGGGCACAGAUGAAGUUGCUGCUUGGCUGGAUCAGCUCAAUUUGGGAGAGUACACAGAAAUCUUCAUCCGCCAUGACAUCCGAGGGGCUGAGCUUUUGCACCUGGAAAGGCGAGAUCUUAAGGAUCUGGGGAUAACGAAAGUGGGUCAUAUGAAGCGAAUUCUUCAGGGAAUUAAGGAGCUAGGAAAGAGCACUCUACUGUCUGAGGUGUAAUCCUACUGGUGCUACUUCUUGAAAGAGGGAGAAUUCAAAGAUGAUCACAGACUGAGUGGAUUUCCUGUUCAUAAUCAUCCUGACAGUAUGAAACUAAAAUGCAGUUCCUUCCGACCUUUACGCUGCAAAAACUAGGCUUUUGGUGGUAUUUCUCUCCUUUUCAGUCUUUGUGAUUUGUUUCUUUUUAAGGAUUCACUUAAUCUAUUGUCAAACUCCUAUCAGUUUAUGCCUAAAAUAGGCAAAAUGGCUUCUCCCUGUUACACAGUGGGCUCUGUUUGCUACAGAAAAGAGUGGAACUGUAUGUUUGGCAAAUAUGCCAAUGAAAUAUAUCUAUUAGAACAGGAGUCAUUACUUUGGCUUGAUUUGCUUUUAAUAAUUGUAAGGACAUGUUGAGUUUUGUUUGUUUACAUACUGUUUACAAUGGCACAGUUUUAUUUUUAAUAUAUAUAUGUAUACAGCAAUUGAGGUAUUUAUUGCAUACUAUUUUAAAGAUGUUUUAUGUGUUUUCACCUUUGGAAUAUAUUGUUACAUUUCCUUGUACAGAGAUUUUGGUGGCUUUGUUAAUGUAGUUAGUAAUUUUUAUGACUACUAAGUGACCAGUUUUCGGUGCCUUUUAUUGUGGGAUGCAUGAUUACAUAUUUAUUGUAUGGAAGUCACUGAGAUGUGUAUUUUUGUACCCUGCUGGAAGCAACGGUUGAUUUUGUUGUACAUAAUGAUGGGAGAUGUUUCUCCUAAAGGAUCCUCACUUGAGAUCUUCCUUCUCAAAUAAACAGAAUGCAUUCA